CAGUUUGAGUGACACAGAUACCGGUUUACAUUUACAGGUUUACAGCACAGACGGAGUGAGAGAUUGGAACCGAGAGGGAUAGACAGGGAGAGAGAGAUAUAAUGGAAAGAGUGGAGAAAUAAAUAUUGGAUUAAUAAUUUUAAAAAAUACACCAACGGAGGACUAUUUCCUCACAUGAAUGGGAACAUCGGGAUACGAUAUGGAGUCUAUUUCCUCAGUGUGUUUGAUUGACACACUGUUCCCACCGCUGACCGUCUGACGGUGGAAGGGACGAUGCAUAACGCCAGCCACCGCCUGGCAGAGAACCAGAGCGAGCCUCAUCUGCCCGAGCCACACGCGGAUUUACCCGCCACUCGGGCGCUCGUCGGCUGCGUCCUCUCACUGCUCAUCCUCUGGACGCUACUGGGUAACUUCACGGUGUGCGCGGCGGUUCUGCGUUACCGGCACCUGCGCGCCAAAGUCACCAACAUCUUCAUCGUGUCCCUGGCGCUGUCGGACCUCCUCGUGGCGCUGCUCGUGAUGCCGUGGAAGGCAGCAGCAGAGGUGGCGGGGUUCUGGCCAUUCGGUGCGUUCUGUGACACCUGGGUGGCGAGCGACAUCAUGUGUUCCACAGCGUCCAUCUUGAAUCUGUGCAUGAUCAGUGUGGACCGCUACUGGGCGAUAUCCAGCCCGUUCCGUUACGAGAGGAGAAUGAACCGCCGUGUGGCCUUCGUCAUGGUGGGCGUGACCUGGACGGUCUCCGUGGUGAUAUCAUUUGUGCCCGUUCAACUCCACUGGCACCGGGCUGCGAUUACCGGAAACACCGGGAGCGGUGACGAAUUUACCCGGGACGUUACCUGGUUUAACAUCAGUGGGGUGUAUCAACUACGCAGGGCCUCGGAGGAGGUGAACGGCUGGAACUGUGACUCAAGCCUGAGUCGGACCUACGCCAUCUCCUCCUCGUUGAUCAGUUUCUACAUCCCCGUGGCGAUCAUGGUGGUCACCUACACACGGAUCUACCGGAUCGCCCAGGUCCAGAUACGCAGGAUAUCCUCCCUGGAGCGAGCCGCAGAACACGCACAGAACUGCCGCUCGGGGUCGCACGUGGAUGUGGAUGCAGAUGGGCACGUGCACGCUUUCCACCAUCGUCAUCCUCCUCUUCGUUCUAAACACCGUUGCUCCAUCUUUCACCAAACGACCAAAUCCCCGAAACAUCAUCAUCAUCACCCUGAUCUUCCUCCCCAACACCGGGCCCUGAGGUACUCCAUUAGGAAGGAAACCAAGGUUCUGAAGACUCUGUCUGUCAUCAUGGGGGUCUUCGUCUUCUGCUGGUCCCCCUUCUUCAUCCUCAACUGUGCCAUGCCCUUCUGCCCAGGUCCAGGUACAGCCUCUAGAAGUGUGUCAGACCCCUCCUCCCAAUCCUCCCACCUGUACUGUGUCAGUGAAACCACCUUCGACGUCUUCGUGUGGUUCGGUUGGAGCAACUCUUCCUUGAACCCCGUUAUCUACGCCUUCAACACUGAGUUCCGCGAGGCGUUCCUCCGCUUGCUGGGUUGCCGUGGAGACAACGGGUGCUUUGGCGGCUGGACGACGAGCGCCACGCGCGUGGAGAGCGUUGUCUUGGCGAGCAACGACGCCACCGGCGCCGGGAAGGAGAAGAAGAACUCGCUCUUCACAACGGAGAUGGGCGUGGCUUACGAUACAGGCUGUGGCGCCGGUAGAGGUAGUGUCACAUCUGGUGUAAUCCGCGACCCGGUUAGAGGGAGGGUGCUACCGACACCGUUAACAGACCGUAGAGGAGCUGUAGAGGAGCCGCUGUGUGACUGUGAGCUGGACCCGGUCAGAGGGAGAGGGGACAGCGUGGGAGGUCUCUCUAGGACGCUACUGACACCGUUAACGAACCGUAGAGGAGCUGUAGAGGAGCCGCUGUGUGACUGUGAGCUGGACCCGGUUAGAGGGAGAGGGGACAGCGAGGCAGGUCUCUCCAGGACGCCACCGGCAAUGUUAACGAACCGUAGAGGGACGAUAACACAACCAGAGGCGGAGUGCGACUGUCCCACGGAGGAUUGUAAAAGAGACGUAGCGGACCGGGGACAACGGACUCAAAUGAUUCCCUCACAAACUUUCUGAUGAACUUUCUCAAACUGUCUCAAACGGACCGUACCGUUGAUGUCUGUAGUCGUUUCAUUUCAAAUGAAUCCACAACCUGUAUUGUCUCAGCUGUUAAUGGAUCACGUUUAUCCAGGAAAUAGCUAUGACAGGUUUAUCCAAAACAUUCAUUGGCCAAUUUGAUGAAAAAGCAUUGAGGAUUGAUUGAAACAGGGCCAUUUUCCACCAAUGCUCGAGGCUAAGGUUUCUCCAGCUCUCGUUCCUGAACCCACAAAAGCUCUGUAAUAUAUUGUUGAUCUGAUCUGUUUUUAUGGAAGUGGUGCCUCAAGGAGAAAAUGAUAGUAAUAGUAAUGGUAAUGAUAGUAAUGAUAGUAAUGAUGGUAAUGAUAAUAAUGGUAAUGAUAGU